CUCUGGAUCUCCCCUUCGCUGAGCGUCUUGUCCCUUUCCCUUUCCUGUCCCCUCUGACUCGCUUCGCUUCACUUUACCUUCCAUCUCCUGUUCAUUGCACUCCAUCUCGUCUUUCAACAAAAACAAGCCACUACCUCAGGCCGCUCGCUCGUUCCAGUCCCUCUUUCAUUUCCCCCCACACUUUCAAAGCGUUUGUUCUUUCUUCCUCUUGACUUUGAAGCGUAUCGUGAUUAGCAUCGCGGUGGUCUCUUUUCAUCGUCGAGUUAUUUUCCUUGUUGAGGGCAUCUUGAUCUUCUUUGUUCAUUUGCCUCGCCUCGUCUCACCUCCUCUACCACGACACGUACGAUCGAUACCUCUGGCCUCUUUCAUCACCGUCAUCUAUCUAUUCACCACUCGACGGCACUGCUGGACCAAGCCAUCCACCCUCAGUGGCCUUGGUUCACUAUAAACAAAGGGUACAUCGUAUUGCCGCCUCUGCCCACGACAACAAGGACGACAAGGACGACUCGAUUCGAUCUAUCGCCUGAAGGAGUGACCGUACGAUCUGACUCAACUCGACUCCAGUUGAUCUGAUUCGAGGUUUGCAUCGACAAUCGGCAUAUCAUAUUCAUAUUCCCUUUCUACAUUUUCGCUCAAAAUUCCAAUACACAAACGAUCAUCAUCAUGAAAACCUCAACACUCAUGACAAUGGUCCUUGCGGCUGCCACUAAUUUAAUGGUCCAUGCCUUAACAGUGAGCAACGAUCCUGUCGUGGAACCUGUCCUCAACCAGAUGACCUCUCAAGGCUGCUGGAAGUCGAAUGGCAACUUGACAGUUGGUUACGAGGGAGUGAAGACAACAAGUGGUUGGUGCUGGGGUAUUUGCAAGAAGAGCAGCUCCAAAGUUUUCAGUGUUCAAGGAUCCAAGUGCUACUGUGGCGACGUUUAUCCCAAGGAGGGCGAUCAAGUUGACGACGACAAAUGCAACUGGCCAUGCCCUGGCUACGGCAAAGCGGCUUGUGGUGCUUUGAAAAAUUACUGGUCAGUCUACAACUCAGGCGAAGACCUUGCGCCCGACAAUUAUGUGCCACCAGAAACGACGACAAGUGCUGCCCCUUCUUCCACUAAGGCUGCGGAGAGUACUACUGCCGAGGAGUCUUCUCCUGCAACAGGAACUCAGGACGCCGCUACUACUUCAGAAGCCGCUUCAGAUGAUAAGAAGGAUGGCCCCAACGUGGCCGCUAUUGCCGCGGGCGUGGUUGUCGGCGUGGUUGUCAUUGCUGCUAUCGGAGGUGGUGCUAUUUUCUUCGUUCGUCGCCGACGCAAUGCUGAGAUAGAGGAGGAGCACCGUCGGAACGCGGCUGUAAAUGCUUUCAUCAACGGCUCCAAGCCCCCCGGCAGCAGCGGUAGCAUCUCUAUGACUGAUUCGCGCCUUGACCCAGUCAUGGCUCACCGGCGACUCAGUGACGGCAGCAUCGCCGAUAACCAAGAUUACUCUCGAAGAAUUCUACGGGUCACCAACGCAUGAACGAGUGUCCGCCCUGGGAUCUUCAAAGCCAAUUACUUCUCAAUCAUUAUUUCACAAUCGGCAUUUACGGCGUUUUCGGGAUGAUAGCUCAUGUGUAUUUGCCAAUCGAUCACUCGCGACGAUUUGGCGGCGUUUGACUCUUUUCUGGGCGUAGGACUAGACAUUUCUUCUACUAUUUGCGUCUGCGGAAUUACGACUGGAUUUGAUCAAUCACGCUCCACGGCACACCGGCUUCACCUGCGCCAUCCACUCAUUACCUCCUUUUUCACAACUAAGCCUUGAACGAAACGACUGGAGAAGAUGGGAAUAAUGCCGCAAGUGCCCUUUUUAGAUGCCAUCUUUCCCUGGAUCCGUUUCACUAUGGAUGUCGUCUUCGUGUAAGGGUAUUUCAAGCGGCAAUCAUACCCGCGUGUAAUCGGCACGUCUGUUUUCUUUUCUUCAUGACUGGGAGUCCUAUGUCUCCUGUGUACAAGUUCUCCCUCUAUUUGUUGAGUAGGGCAGGGUUAAAUCUAAAAAUAAGGGGGCGAGAAGUCCUCUUGGGAUAUUGGUCAGGGUGCGAUGGAGCGAGUUGUCACGUAGAUACAAUGGGACGCGGGAGAUGUGCCAACCUCGUGGAGGAGAUAUCACGAUUGGGAGGUUGGCAGAUAGUGCGGGCUAUCCUAUCGUCGCUUUAUUUACUUUUUCACUUGACCGUUAUCUUUUCCCUGACGUUGACCGAUGAUCGUGGUGGUCAUGGUGUCGCCUGUAUGUAGGGCUGUGCAUAGUCAUAUACCACCACUUAGGACUUGAGAUGCUGGUUCAUUGACUGAGUCUUUUGCUUGAUAUCAUUGUUGAGGUAAGCCGCUGUUUAGGUUUAUACAUAUACCCUGGGCAAGCUGUCGGGCGCCAUUUGUCUGCA